UGAGCUGUCAAUGUCAACACAACAUUCUUGUUUAUAAUACGAAAACUUACAAUAAAAUUGCGAUUCUGCCGGUAUUUCAAUAAAAACUGACUACCAGAAAAGCCUACUUCCAAAAGGCGAGAACGUGAUCAUGGCAGCUGUGGAAAUGCCGGAAGCCUUGAAGCCGAUCAGCUGGCUCGCCGGCCGGUGGAAAACUGAAAGCGGCUCCGGGAAAUACCCUGACAUCCCGGAGUUUCACUACCACGAAGUUUUGGAGUUCACCUGCAUAGGUCAACCAAUGUUGAACUUCACAUCCACAUCUCGGCACCCAGAGAAGCAGACUCCAAUGCACCAGGAGCGUGGCUUCCUCCGCAUCAAACCUGGCACCCAGCAGCUCGCCUUCAUUGUCAGCCACAACUUUGGGUUAACAUCACUCGAGGAAGGCCAAGUGGAGCCGGAGACACAGCAAGUUGUUUUGACUUCGACUAGUAUUUCACGCAUGUCUUUUGCGAAACAGCCAUUCGUUAAGAGCUUGAAACGGGUGUGGAAACUCCUGGAUCCGGGCACUCUGGAAGUGACCGUUUAUAUGGAGACUGAUGAUACGCCGCUUACUGAGCAUCUGAAGGCCGUUUAUACCAAAGAAUCUCAAGAGUAGUCUACUACUAACUUCAUCAAGUUUGUUUCCUGUGAAAUUUUCAUACAAUUUUUCGAAUAUUUGGAUACUUUCACAUCUGUAGUUGAAGGUAAUAUGUAAAUUCACAAAAGCUGAUGGAUAUAGCUCUCAAUGAAAUUACUACGCCUGGGGCAGAGAUGAGCGAACUGGAGAGAUGUGCGGGAAUCAACCAGUCAAGGCUUGAAAACCGGUUAAACUUUUCAAACAGUUAUCAUGUACUUGGCGCAAAACCUUUUUAUUUCGGUUUCGUUCGUUAAACCUGUUUUUAAGAGAUUUUCAUAAAGUUCUUGUCAGAUUAACGGUUUAGAAUAAUAAAAACCUUUUUAUUCCUA